CCUCCCAGGGACUCUGGGCGCACGGGCGGGGGGCCGAGCGUCAGUCUCCGCCCUGCAGCCGGGAGGGAGCCCGCCGCGCCGCCGCUCUCCGCGCCCGUCCGUCCGCCCGCCGCCCGCCGCAGCCCGCCGCCUCGCCAUGCCCAACUUCGCCGGCACCUGGAAGAUGCGCAGCAGCGAGAAUUUCGACGAGCUCCUCAAGGCGCUGGGUGUGAACGCCAUGCUGAGGAAGGUGGCGGUGGCGGCUGCGUCCAGGCCGCACGUGGAGAUCCGCCAGGACGGGGAUCAGUUCUACAUCAAGACGUCCACCACGGUGCGCACCACCGAGAUCAGCUUCAAGGUCGGAGAAGGCUUCGACGAGGAGACCGUGGACGGACGCAAGUGCAGGAGUUUGGCCACUUGGGAGAAUGAGAACAAGAUCCACUGCACGCAGACUCUCCUCGAGGGGGAUGGCCCCAAAACCUACUGGACCCGCGAGCUGGCCAACGACGAGCUCAUCCUGACGUUCGGCGCCGAUGACGUGGUCUGCACGAGGAUUUAUGUUCGGGAGUGAAGGCGGCCGGCUUGCUCCUAUUUUGGGGUGGGAUGCAUGUUCCCCUGAGAAAUGGCAUAGGUCUGAGCUGCCAGUGGACCCCCCCACCCCACAUCAACGUUAGGUGACCCCAUUUCCCCCGUGAUGGUGUUGUAGUAUUUCCCCCCAAGGCCUCUGUACCCC